AAAGACAAGUGGUAUACACAAUUACGUAAAGAGCCUCUCAAAGGGUUAAAUACUUCGGGGUUGUCAGGCUCCUAGUGGGAGGUUGUAAGGAGGUGUUGGUAUCUGCUGCGUACACCACUGGCCAAACGCGAUGAUCAAAAACUCUUUGUCUUUGAGUGCUAUAGCUAACCCGCGUUUGAAAUCGGUUUUCAAAGCUGUAGCACGUGCGAUCGCGCGCUCCUGCAGCCAGUCAAGAUCGGCGAUUACCGGUACGUGCUGGAGAAGCGGAUCGGAUGCCUGCAAUUCUGGCGUUGCGUCCACGUGAGCUGUUCGGGACGGUGUCGCACCAACGACGGCGACCUGGUCAGUGGGCCUUCGGAACACCAGUGCUCGUCUCUCACAGAAAAGCCUCCGCCAGAAACAGAUGAACAGUACGGCAACGUUCCUGGUGGUGAUGCGCGCGUCGAUGUCGUUGAAUCAGACAUCCGUGAUGUCGCAGAAGACAACAGCCGCGACGUGGCUACGCGCGAGCAGCAGGAGGAGGGACAAGACGAACCCCAGCGGAAAAGGCUGAAGCAGCAGCUUAAGGAUGACGAAGAAGGGCGCCAGACGUCACAGAAGCAACAGCCGUACGAUCGAAGCUGCAGUCCAGCGACCAAUAGCGAGUUGGUCAACGUGUCUAAAAACGCAAUCAACUUCGUCCCAUGGAAACCGCAGUCGCCCGCUUCCCAAAGAGCUGCGUUACCAGACGCUCUCACCAACUACAAGAACACAGAAUGGCACAGUACAAUGCCCCCGUUCAGAUUAGGGAACCCUCCGUACCAGUUAUUGAAUGAAUUCCACAAACGUGCCGUCAUGCCGGAAGGUAAAGGUAACAUCUACGAGGAUGAUCGCUCGACUGUAGCCAAUUCCAGCAGCAGCCACGAAGGCGCGGACAUUGGCAAUGCCUACAAGCGUGAGUCACGCGAACGCCAGGACAACAAAGAUAGCAGCAAUAAGGUUGACGAAGAGUCUAUACGCGAGAAUGCCAGAGGUGCAGAGAAAGACAGUGCUCGUAUGCGUUCCUUCGCAAACGAAGGGCACGAAAAGCGCGCAAAGAACAUGUCCGGCCGCCUGGCACGUGGUGAGAACGAGAUGACGAGUACAAGCCGUCCUGGACACAGUGCUGCGGAAUGGCUGCAGACGCCGUGCUCCUGCAGCACCAGUCGGGAGAAGAAGCUACGCGAAGACGUGCUUCUGCAGAUGUAUCGCCUUCUGGAGGCAGAGACUGAACUGGUGCGAGAAAUGCAAAGCACAGAGAUCACCCUUAGAGGACUGCUCUCUCGCAGGGUCAGUUCAGUGCCUACCGCGCUUACAGCACUUACCGCUCCUACAAUUCCUACAGUGCCUAUCACGUUCCCAGUGCCUACAUCGCCUACAAUGCCUAACAAGCGGAUGCGGCGUACUGCGCAUCCGGGUUUAAGUGAUCCUUAAACUUUAGACACCGUGUAUGUAUGUAUGUAUGUAUGUAUGUAUGUAUGUAUGUAUGUAUGUAUGUAUGUAUGUAUGUAUGUAUGUAUGCAUGCAUGCAUGUAUGUAUGUAUGUAUGUAUGUAUGUAUGUAUGUAUGUAUGUAGGAGAGAAAGAGACAGUCAAGAAUGACGCCAGCAACACGCUGACAAUUAAAUUGUUGUGAAGUUCUCUCUGUUAUAUACACCGUGUGGUGUCAUUCAUUUCAACAAGAAAAAAAAAACGAAAGCCUGAUAUCAUUUUGAUCACGUCAA